AUGGACGCCCAGUCUCGCCAUCCUCCACCGCCGCGGCCUCCACCGAGCCGCCAGGAGAGAGGGGCGGACCGGCGACAAAGCCGAAGCUCGUUGGAGCUCGUCCGCACAAGACCGCGGCGGCGCGGAGCUCGCCUGCCCGCGGGCGACUCCCCACCGGCGGUCUCUGCACGGCGCUUCCCUCCCCCCACGGCGACUCCCCACCGGCGGUCUCUGCACGGCGGCUCCCUCCCCACCGGCGGUUCCCUCCCCCCGAUGGCUCCCUCCCCGGUGGCCCUCUGCACGGCGGCGGAUGCCCGGGACGGCAGUCCCGGCAGCCCUUUGCACGGCGGCGCUCGCGUGCCCCUGCGUGGAGGCCGCGCGGGGCCAUGGCAGAGCAGACGAUGUGGCCUCGGAACUCCCUCCCAGCCGCCCUCUGCACGGCGGCGGACGCCCGGGACGGCGGUCCCGGCGGCUCCCUCCCCGGCGGCCCUUUGCACGGCGGCGCUCGCGUGCCCCUGCGUGGAGGCCGCGCGGGGCCAUGGCAGAGCAGAGGUCGGGGCCCCCGGAGCUCCCUCCCGGCCGGAUCCGCCUCAGGCCAUGGAGGUCCGGCGGCGGCGGCUCGAGUAG